AUGCAUUUAACAUCGCGCAACAUUUUGAGAAGUGGGCACCACGGAAACAGGACUGAAAAAUACGGCAAUGAAAAAAGGUAUGUUACUUACCAUCAUCAUCACUUCCCGGGUCACUCGCCAUGUUUCAGUGCUCUAUGAAGACCACAUGUAACAAAUACCAUAUUAGGGUGUUAUGUGUUUUUUUUUUGAUUUUUGGCAGGAAUCUUUUGAGGCUCGCAAAAAGAGGCUCGCAGCUCGUGGCUCGUGGCUCGCAAAAUAGCCUCCCCCAGGUUUACAGUAGAUAUAAAGAAUAAGUUACUAGAAGCUAAUAAGUGUUUUUUUUUGUUAUUAGGAGCCUAAAGAAAGAAGGCUAUUGCCAGGAUGAUAUAGACCAUCUUUUUAACGUCAUUGUCCUACCUAAGCUUAUUUACGGGCUCAGUGUUUACGCUGCCUCUAAACCUGAGCUCACUACUGUUCAGAAAUUUCUUUGCUGUUGUUACAAGCGAAAGUAUAUUUCCUAUUUUAUAGAUAUUUUAAAGUUAUUAGACAAAUCAGAUCGUACUAUUUUUAAUAAAGCUCGUAAUGCUGGCCAUCCUCUUCAUAGCUUAUUGCCAAGAGUCAAGGAAUCCUCUUUAAGACUUAGAAGUACUAGCAGUCUUUUGCCACGAACAGUACGGCGAAGUCCGGACAGACCUACUCAGGCAUUUUAG